CCCUAAAGACCAAACAUUGCUACAUAGGGCCAGGAAUGCGGCGCUUAGGGUUUUAGCUGGCGAAGGAUAUAGCGAACUACAGACGAGAGGGUUUUCGCGAAAGACUAAAGCAGAGGAAUAGGACGGCGAGAUUCAAAGAUGGAUAAGAACAUGCUCGGAGAUCUUGACAAUCUUCCCGAAGAAGAUAAGAUGAAAAUGGCUGCCAUGAUCGACCAGCUUCAGAUUCGAGACAGUCUAAGGAUGUACAAUUCUCUGGUGGAGAGAUGCUUCACUGACUGCGUCGACUCCUUCAGACGUAAAACUCUUGACAAACAGGAGGAGACAUGUGUCAAACGGUGUGCUGAGAAAUUCUUGAAACACUCAAUGCGUGUUGGUCUGAGAUUUGCAGAGCUCAACCAGGGCGCUCCCACCCCUGAUUAAGUUGCUGCAUAACUAAAUGUCAAGUUAAAAGCUUUUCAUACCGUAUUAUUUCUACCUUUUAUUGGACCAUUAGUAAGCUCGAUUAGCUCUCAUUAUUCUAGUAUGAUGAUGUAUUGAUUGAAGUACGUAUGUCAAAUGCAAUUUUCAGUGUUUUCACACAGAUGAUACGAUAUUUUGAUUCGGAAAAUGUGGUCACAAUGAAAUUUCUAUUCUUUAACGGCUGAAUGUGAUAUGAGGAAUUUUUUUCUUAAA